AGAAAAGUGUGUUAGAAGUUUCCCAGCCCACCCUGAAGGCAGCAGCAGGUGUAUUCAAGUUCAGAGUUUUGACUUUCAGAGUGACCUGACUGUUUGCACUGUUUGUGUCUGUGUUAGCAUGUUAGCUCUGUGUGAUAGCAGCUGCUAGCUCACCUGUUUGUAUCAGAGCGGACUCACCUGCACAGGGUAGCAGUGAUUGGUGGACCAUGGACCAAUCACUGUCCAGUAGACAGUGUCGUGUGAGCGUGCUCAGUUGUUUCCCACCCUCAGUGGGCAGAGAUGUUGUUGUUGCCGUGGUGAAGCCCCUUGGAGCUGGCCUGAUAAACCCCGACACCCACAGCCUGCUGCGGAACGACAGACAGGUGAAGUGGACAAUGGAGGUGCUGUGUUAUGGUUUAACUCUCUCAUUGGACGGAGACACAGUCAAACUCUGUGUGGACGUCUACACUGAUUGGGUGAUGGCCCUGGUUUCCCCGAGAGACUCCAUCCCUCCACCAAUCAGCAGAGAGCCCAACCUGUAUGUGCAGAAGAUCCUCCGACACCUGUACAGCCUGUUUAUACCCAGGUCAGAACAGGUGAGUUCGGUCUACCUGUCGCUCUGUCAGCAGGUGUUGUGUGCAGUUCAGUUGUUGGCCAGAGAAAGCACUGUGAUGAGCAGAGACACCUGGGAGACUCUGCUGCACUUCCUGCUACGUAUCAACCACGCUAUUCUGGCUCAGCCUACCACUACAGGCAGUGUAUGGGAGCAGCUGUCCGAACUUGCGAUGGUGGUGCUGUUUGACGUCUGGUUGCUGUCUUGCUCUCGCUGUUUUCCAUCUCGCUCUCUGUGGCUAAUGGCCAGACAGAUGUUGAGCAGCUGGAGACAUCAGCCUCCAGUGGUGGAGCAGUGGAGCCGAGUCAUCACAGCCCUGACCUCCAGGUUGUUGCUUCUGACCUUCGGGCCGUCCUUCCCUCACUUUAAAGUCCCAGAUGAAGAUGCUGUUCUGAUACCUGCAAACAUGGACAACCAACAAGUCUCUCACACCUGGUUCAGGUUCCUGCACCUGCUCAGUAACCCAGUGGACCUCAGACGCCUGUUUGUUGCUGGUUCCAUUCCAUCCUCCCAGGAGGAGGCGUUAAGAGCAGACCGUCAGCUGCCAAACAUCUUCUUCAGAGCCAUGAGAGGAGUCAGCAUGGUAGUCGACGCCUUCCUAGGUGUGACUGUGACCAACAAAGAACCAACUGAGCAGCUGCUGGAAAAAACAGUUGUUGUUGUUUUUUCAGGACUAACAACAAGGAUUCAUUUCAGAGACUGGUUGCCUUCUCUAGGUGUUGCUGUGACCAGGAGCCCAUUCAGAGACCGCCUCCCCUCCUAUGGUCUUUCUCGACCUCGCUCUGGCAGUGCCCCACCCACCCCUGUGAACAUACUGAGUGUCCCAAGUGCCCCUCCCACCACCACCACCUCCUCCCCUCCACACAACAGACGAAUAAAACCUGCAAAUGUUUCUAAGGCAACCAGCAAACCCCCAGUGACAACUCCAUCCCCCCAUCACUGGAAGUUCCCACCCCCUCAUCCUUCCUCCCCUCCCUCUCUUUGCUCCUCCUCCCGAUCUCCCCCCUCCCCCCUGAGGUGUAACAUGGACUCCCUCCUGCACCUGUUUGGCUGCUGGCUGUUUGAUGCUGCUCUGAUCAACAGAAACCCUGGUCUCCCUGCUGGUCACUGUGAUGUCACUGUGAUGUCAGACAGGUGGUCAGCUGGUCGAGCUGAGGCCUGUGGGACGCUCUGCAGGAUCUUCACCUGUAAGAAAACUGCAGAGGACAUCCUACCUGUCUACCUGUCCAGGUUCUACCUGGUUCUCCUGCAGGGUCUCCAGGUGUCGGAGGAGGCGUGUCCUCCUGUUCUGGCCUCCAUUCUGCUAAACUCCACCUGUCUGUUCUGCUGUGACCUGAGAGGAGUCAACCUGCUACUCCCAUCCUUCCUCUCAGCUGUGGAGAACGUACUGCUCGACAGAGAGCUGUUGCGGUUUAAGAAUUUUGUGAGUCUAGUGGAUUUGAGGCGAGCCUCUAUCCUCAUCCUGUUGUCCCUGCUGCCCCUCCCUCAGCAGUUUCCCUCCGUCCAGUCAGAGGUGUUAUUAGAUGGGAGGUUCAAUGGUGAUGAUGUAACAGCAGAUAGCUUCCUGUACCUGAAGCCCCACCUCCUCAGUGUUCUGAUUGGAGCUCUGCACACAGAGACCGAUGCUUCCAACACACAGAUCAUCCUGGGGGCCAUGUUGAACCUGGUUCAGGACUCGACUCUGUUAGAAGCUGCAGGACAAACCCAGCAGGAAACUGAGUCCCAGCAUGGAGGAGCUGCUAGACCCAGGAGGACUGGGGGAACCAGGGGAACCAGUGCAAACAGACGGACCAGAGGAACCUCCAUCCAGUCAGACACAGCGGCGAUCCUGUGGGUUCAGUUUGUUCGUCUGCUGACUCAGCGUCUGACGGCUCAAUGGAAGAAUGACUCCGCAGUUUGUCUGUCUGCACUGGAAGUACUGGGAGGACUGGCCAAGGUGCAGGUGAGUGUGGAGGACAGUGAGAGGAGGCGAGCGCUCUCCUCAGUCUGUAGUUACAUUGUGUUUCAGUGCAGUCGUCCUCCUCCUCUUCACUCCAGAGACCUUCACUCUAUCAUUGUUGCUGCUUUCUACUGUCUGAACGUCUGGUUGACUCAACACCCUGCCAUGCUCCACCAACAGGAGUGUUUGUUGGAGGUCCUGGAGAUUGUAGAAUUGGGGAUUUCAGGCAGUAAGUCCAGACAGGAACAGGAAGUCAGAUGUAAAGAGGAGAAGGAACUGAACCCGGCCUCUCUGAGGGUGAAGGAGGCAGCUGAAGCCACACUGAGCUGUGUCAUGCAGGUUUCUGUGGCCUUCCCAUUCCUCGGAGGCCCGCUGGAUGAGAGUGAUCUGAUUGGCUGCUCCACUUUGAGUGACAACAGUGGGAAGAAGUUCAGGUAUUUUGUGGUGGACAGCUCAGUGAUCUUGGCCAUGCUGGAAGACCCACAAGGACCUGAACCAGCGUCGUGUCCGUCGCUCACUAUGCUGAUCAGAGGACCAUCAGGACGUCACACCUGGACUCUACAACUCCACCUGCAGCCCAGAGAAGGACGCACACACACACAGCAGACUCUGAUCCCUGAACACCGCGGUAAACCCCAGGAGGACUCUGGGAUACAAUGUGGCGUCAAACAUCAGCUGUUUCCUGAACACAUGGACAGGGUUCCUUCAGUUAAAGCAGAUCUGAGUAUUCCAGCCCUGCACGAGACAUUUCCUAAAGAGGUCCAGAAGCAGCUGGAGCACCUGCAGGAAGUGAUACAGAGGCAGCAACAGGUAGAGGCUCAGCCGCAGGUGAGAGGGCGGUCCAUCAUCAUGACGACCUGCAGGCCGCCACCCCCUGCCACCAAGUUCCAGACAGCGAGACUCUUCCUCUCCCACCUGGGCCUGCUGACACCUGAGACUCUGAAGGAUCCAGGUACCAGCGGUGUUCCGGCUCAGCUGGUGUCUUUGGACUCAACUCUUCCAGGUUUCUCUGAGAAUCUGAGACGUUUGGACCAGCUGCCAUCAAGAAACUGUGACUCGGCCUUCAUCUUCUACAUGAAAGCAGGACAGAGGACAGCUGCUGAGAUCCUGAAAAACGUGGAGUCCAGCUGCAACAUCCCGUCUCACUUCCUUGACUUCCUGUCAUCUCUCGGUCAGCCCGUGGAGGUGGGCCAACAACAGGUGUGCGGAGUCAGCACCAACAGUUCAGAAUUCUCGGCUGUGCUGGGUGACAGUGGAGGUGGUGUGUUUAAUGGAGAGAGGUUUGUCCUGAUGUAUGCCGACGAUCUGACAGAGAUCACCUUCAUUGUCCCAUCAUCAUCAUCAUCAUCAUCAUCAUCAUCAUCAAACCACAUCAGGACAGCAGUUGAUGGGAUGAAGAGUCCAGAGGAGGUGGAGCCUCCAGCUGAGCCGCCAUCUAACCUGCAGAGUAAUUCAGACUUCUGCCAAGACUGCACCCCCCAACCCACAAGUUAUCCAGGUGAAGACAUGAAGUCUUUUCGUUUUGCGUUGUCGUCCGUUGGCUCUGAAUCUAAACUCCUGAUCGUUUGGGUGGAACACUUUGAGGACAUCGAAAGUUUCCCGCUGUCUGAUCUGCUGUCUGAGACAAACACAGAAACUCCAACGAGUGUCCAGCUGAUCUUCAUCCAUCCUCUGAAAACUGGACUCUACAGGAUCCGUUUCCACGGAAAAACCACCAGCAAGUUCAGCUUGGUUGUCCCACUGGUCAACGGGAGCGUGGUCAGCAAGAGGUCCCUGGGUUUCCUGGUUAGAGAGACGGUGACCAACUGUUGCCAUCGGCGACGCUUGGAGAGUGACUCUGCCCCUCCGCCACAUGUCAGAAGGAAGCACAUGAUCAGUGACAUCAUCCAACGCUACCACAGCCGCCGCUCUGAACCCGCCUUCUACUGCAGCCUGUUCCAGGACCCCUGACCCCCCUGCUGCCACCCCGACCUCUAUCCACUGUCACCAACAACCAGCUGUUACCAUAGUGACCUGGUGUUUUAUUUAACUAGUUACUGCUGCCUCUAUCAGGAGUUACAAGCAGGCUUUAGAGUGAUGAUGUCACAGGAGUGAUAAUGAUCACAGCUGCUUAUUGAUCAAACUGACAAUAAAAUAACCCACUGAUCAGAUCAUCUGAUCAAUAAGAUGAUCAAUCUGAUCAGAGAAUAGAAACACAGCAGAAAGAUCAUCUCCUUGAGUGACCAUGGUAACUGGAUAAUGUAGUAACCAUGACAACCAGAGGAGGGACAGGAGGAGGAAGAGGAGGUUUGAGGGGCAGUCUUUUAUCAAGUGCAGUGAUGUAAACACACAUGUGGAUCAGAACUGUUUGAUAUUAUUGAUGAUAAUCAAUAAAAUACUUUGUCAUUGAUGUAACUCUAUCAUCAAUAAUCUGACUGCAUGUUAUGUAUAAUUCAUAGUCUGUCGAUCAGUAUCAAUAACAGCAGAGAACAGCUGAUCAACUGAUCAAAGAACCCAAACAGUGAAUUCAAUAACUGCAGAAAGUUUGAUUAUUUCCUGUCAAUAUUGAUCAGAGAUGAGUUUUCCUGAUAUUUUGUUACAUUCUCUGUCUGUAUUCUGUAUUUUUAUCAUUUUAACAAACAGACUUAAUAUUCUUCUUUCUGACAGAUUCACUGUUUUCAUUGUUCUAUCAGCUGUUUGGUUGUUUUCUAAUGCAGGACGAGGCAGUUGAUCAUGUACACUAACCUGGGCCAGAAUCUAAUGCAUAAAGGUUUUAUUGGAGUCAACACACCAACAAAUCAAUGAGUGUGGUCCUGAGACCAUUAUAUAUUGUAUAGGAGCUAAAUCACCAUCACAGUCAUUUUCUUUAUUGAUACUUGACAAAUCAGAAAAUUAUUAUAAUUUAAAAUAAUGAAUUGAUUUCUAUUGACACACCUUCAGCUCUGGCUUUCUUCUGUUCUGACUAUUCCUGAUCUUUUUUGUAAAAGUAAUUUAGAGAAGCUCCCACAUUUUGCAUAUUUGACACAGCACACGUGAUAUAUAAUAAAUAGAAAUAAAUGUACUUAUCUUUCCAACUUCA